AUGACGUCAAAGCAAGAGCGCAUUUCCGAAGCUAUGAGGGAGCGUAUUGCUCAAUUAGAAGAGGAGCUGAAUCAAUGCAAACAUCACCUCAAUGAAGCCGUUUGCCGGAACGAAUCCCUUGAGUCUGAUAUAGAUGCUAUACAAAACGAGGCACAUGAUGUUGUUGGACAGUGGGCGGCAAAGGCAGCUGAACUACAGACAAAAGUGAACGAAUCCAUUUCUCAGGCUGACGGAUUAAGAAGUGAUUUGCUUACUUGUGAGAAAAAAAAUGCGGAACUUCAGCUUUGCUUGCAAAAUGCAGAGCAGACAGGUCGCUCACAAGCGGAGGAACUACAUCAUCUGAAGGAGACUCACCGGAGUAUUCUUGAAAAAUUGGCUGUUGCAGAAAGUGACUUUUGUUCUGCAUCGCAGCGAAUUAUUCAAUAUGAAAACCUUGUGGGGAAGAUGGAUUUAGAAAUGAAGCAGAGCGUAGAGGACAUAAGGUCUUUCUCAAAGGAGAAGGCUAGACUUAUUGAAGUUGUAGCUAACCUCGAAGAGGAAAAAAGGCGCGUCGAAGCUGAUUGCACCGAAGUGAGAAGCUUGGCCGGGAUUCUGGAGAAUGAGUUGACCAGCCGUCAGCGGUCGUUGAUUUUAUUAUCUUGUAUAAUGAAGCUUGCUGAAGAAGAAUAUUACGCUCGCGAGGAUAUCAUAUUUGACUGGGAGACGUCAAACCUGAACAGCAUGACGAGGGAAUGGAGACAUUUUUUGUUGUGCAACUCGCUUUUAAAAGAAAAGCAAAAACGACUUGAAGAGGAUCUUGAUGUUCUGAAAGGUGAAAAGUCCUCACUGGAGGAAGGCUUUCAGAAGACAUGUGCUGAGUUAUGUUCCGUGCGACAAGACCAUGAAAAAACAAAAGAUGAGUUGUUGCAGCAGGUGCGUUUGUUGGAGAGAGACGUUGCGGAGCUUCAGGAUUCACAGAUAAGUCAAAAGUGCAUGAUGGAAACCCUACAGGAAAGACUUGACGCUGCCCUCAAUCAGAGCCGUUUCUUUGAAGAUGCCAAGGAAGGCCUGGAAACUGAGUUUAAGGCCAUAAAGGAAUGUUACUCUGCACUGCUUCUUGAACACAAUGAACUUAGAGUGACUGAGCAGAAACGACAACAAGAGUUGAAUGCGAAGAUAACCCUACUAACAGAUGAAGGAGUUCUCAUAAGAAACGAUUAUGAGGCGCGUCUGAAGGAGAUGAUGUCUGAAGCCAAUAACUAUCAGGAGAUCAUAGAUUCGUUGAAGAAGGAGGUUGUGGGGCAAUUAGAACUGAAGGAUCGCCGAUCUUUAGAAGUGAUUUGGUACGAGGAAUGUACACAGGCACUUUUGGGUCAUUGUGCUCAGUUGACUACUUGGUUAUGCAGCAAUCAUGCGCAGCUCGCUGAGACGAUGAAGACAUCGCACCUUAUGGAAGGGAUUAUUAAGGAAAAUCAGACCGAGAACAAUGCCCUCCGGGAAAAGCUUGGUGUCACUGAAAAAGAUCUUGUGGCGAGGAGGGAAGAUCUUACCGUAGUAGAAGCCAAGGUUGUACGACUGUCUUCGGAACUGAAGGCCUCAAAAGAGAAUUAUGAAGAAAUCGUAAGUGACAACAAUUGGCUUAAGGAACAGGUGGAAACUAUGCGGAGAGAACUAAGCGAGCUUGAUGAACUCUUGAAUUCCAACCUUAACGACAUGCGAGAAGAGAGCGAGAAGCAGCAACUGGAGCACGAUAGGUUAAUUCGUGAGGUUCAUCGGUGUGAAGAACUUCUUCGGUGCUCCCAGGAAAGGAUUGACGUGUUGGAUGAGCGUUGUGUGAUUCUUACUGCAGAAAAUAAUGCCGUGUCAAAGACUCUGCAGCUAACAGAAGGUGAAGUCUCAAGCUUGAAGAAAGAGAACGCACUUUCACAGCAGCGUGAGAAAACACUUGCAGGGCAACAAAGAGAACUUGAGUCAAGUCUCGUAGAGCUUCAAAAUGAAUAUACAAACACAGUAAAUCAGGUUGCCGUGCUAAAGGAGCAGCUGCGGACAGAGGAAUGCAAGUUGAAGCUUUUAGGUGCAUCUUCCCGUCAAGAACUGGAGGCCAUAAAGACGAAAAUGAACCACUUUAUAGAGAAAUAUGAAGAGGCUGAACAACGGGCGAGUCAUCUUUCAAAGUGUUUACAAGAGUCUGAAAACACCGUUGGCGGUAUGCGAGAAGCCUACCAGAAGGCAAAGACUGCAUUGGAGGAAGCAAAACUGCGUUGUUGUAGUGAUGCAGACACAAUACAAAAACUUUUAGAGGAACGUCAAUCCUUGAUCAAUGAGCGAGAAGGUGUUGUAGAAAAGUACAAUCGUGUCCAUGACAUGUUCAAGGCUGUAAAGAAGGAGAGCUUCGGAAGAGUAGCAGAUGAACUACAGAAGCUGUCGGAACUUUGUUCUCAGCAAGAAGUUGAGCUCCAGCAACUCCGACAUCAAAACACCAUAUUGAAAAGAGGAAUUGUGAAGCUUCCCGAGAACGCUGGGAAUCAGAUAGAGCGUCCGAUGUUUGUGGAACGCCUGAAUCUGGCGGAGGGCCCUCUCCGCCGCCCGAAGAAGCGACCGGCUGUUAGUUCAGACGUGCAGUGA